AGGACUAACAAUCUGGUAACAUUGGCUGCCACCAAAUUUUACUAAAAAAGAGUAAACAAAAACAGUUUUAUAUACAAUGGAUAUUGCUAAAGUCUGCCGUUUAUGCGCUAAUAAAAUCAAGGACCACAACCGGCAACGCAAUGUAUUUAAGUAUUUGCGCGGCAAAUUGCUGGGGCAGCUAAAACUUAUUACUGGUGUACAGCUGACGAUGAACGAGGGACUGCCGGAGUUUGUUUGCGAGCGGUGCUUCUCCGAGCUGGACUUGGCCACCAAGUUUCGCGAGAGGUGCAUAUUCUCGCAAAAGUAUCUGCUGGAUAUACGGAAGAAGUCUAAGGAUCCUAGCAUUGUUCACGUAGAUAAAGAACCUGAACCAUUGGAUGAGCAGUUGAUCGAUGCGGAUCAGUACAUAUCCAACAACGACGAGGAGUUUGUGAUUCUUAACGAAACGGAAGACGAGUUAGAAGAAGACGACCAGGAGGAUGAUCCACAGGCUUCAGUGAUGGCCGCCGCAGAGGCGGCCCAUCAGGCGGUUGUCCAAGAGGAAAGGCAGGAACGAGCAGCUAAGCGGCGCAAGAACUUUUUCAUCUGCGAGGAGUGUGGUCAGCUGUACAAUGAUGAGUACCUCUACAACGAGCAUCUAGAGGGGCAUGUGGACCGGCGGGAGAUGAAGAAGUUUCACCCCUGUCCCGACUGCUCAGAAACGUUUGCCAAAAAGAUCCAUUUAAAACAGCACCAAAACCAUAUCCACGGGGCACAGCGUCGGUUCUGGUGUUCCAUCUGCAAGGAAGUUUUUUCUUCGCUGGGGGCCAAACUGCGUCAUCUAAAAGCUCAUGAGAACGAAAGACCCUACCCAUGCUUGGAGUGCGGAAAGAUUUUCAGUAGCGUAUCUGAACUGCAAGACCACUGCUUAACUCACGGCGAAGAUAAUCGAAAAUUCCGGUGUGAGCCCUGCAAUAUGGAUUUUAUAACUCGAAAGAAUCUGCUGGCACACACGAAAACCCAACCCCAUAAGCGAUUGGCCAGACAGAUGCGUGAUGAAAUUGAGCUUAUCUUCGACAGUUAAAGGCACUUAUCGUACAACCCCUAAUUUAUUGUCAGCUUGUAUCAGUUAUUUUAGUGGUAUAGGCCAAAGCUGAUAUGCGCUUUCUACCGAAUAGCAAAACUGUUUUUAUGUUGAAUAAGUCUUUAAUAUUUUAAUAAACAAUUUACCUUAAUACAAAUAUGAUUAAAUAAGAAUUGAACUCCACAAA